AAACAUGUCAAAAUCAGCUGGCCAAGUUGUGCAAAAACAAAAGCCCAGUCAAAACAUUUGCCAUGGAUUUGGAAGCGCAAUUCUUGAGUUUAUCGACGAAAUUCCUGUUCAUCAACUGCGGUGGCCAGUCCAGCGAGUACCGGAACGAGCUGAACACACUUCUGAACGAGUUGAAUGGGCUGGAUUACAAAAAUCAGCAGAUUGCCGACGUUAGGGCACCGAUCCGAUUGGUGGAGUCCUUCGUGAACAUUCCCACCAGCGAGGACACGUUGAUCGUGAAGGCUUGCUGUCUGACCAAGACGCUCAUCAGCCGGCAGAAAAUAACCCUACCGGCAAAUGUGGCCGCGGUGCAAAUCGGUUGGCUGCUCAAAUGCUUGGAAAGGUGCUUCUAUCAGGUCAUUUGCGAAGUUCUGGGCACUUUGCAGAUCCUGAUGAAACACUGCGGCGAACAUGUGGCCAUGUUUGCCGAAUUCCUGGUUUCGAGUAAUGGGAUGCUGGUGAAUCUGCUUGCGGAUCCCGACUAUCGCAAGGUGGAACGUGGUGGCAGGACAUACGACAGGAGUUCCCCGGAAGAGAUCCACUUGGCGACGGUGCAGUGCAUGGAAGCGUUUCUGGUCGCUGCCGAAGGAAAUGUGGCCAUGGAGAAGUAUCUUCCUGUGAUUGGCGAUUCGGUGGUGUCUUUGGCAUUUAGGGCCAAAAGCGAUUGGCUUCCGGAGGCUUCGUUCUACAGUUUGAUGAUCUCGGCUUUGAACUGUUUGAGGCUGGUAUCGAUCCAACAGGAGGACUGGCUGCGUGAACAUCUUGGCCAGUUGCUGGGGGUGUCCAAAGCGUACAUGAUGUUCGGAAUUCCCGGGAUAAAUCAACCUAUGGCACAGAGGAUUAUGGUAUCGCAGCAAGGUGUUCCGGAGCCACAGCACAUUCCCAUCAACAAGGGAGGAAAGGUUCCGAAAACGAGGAAGACUCGGACCAUCGCCAAAGGGAAAGGUGGCAAGAGCGAUGCUAAGAAGGGAACAGCUGCGAAGACUGGAUCCACUUGGGACGAGAAUAGCCGUCAUCCCUACUCGGAGAAGUCGUUCGAUUUGGACAGUGAGUAAAUUUAAACGUUUCAUUAAUAAGGUUGGGAUUACAA